GGCAAUCGGGAAAGAUGUUGUUUGUUUUACUUUUAGCCGUCGGUGCCGAGACGUUUACGUUGACUGAUCAAUCGCAUCCGAUUUGGGAUAUUACAACAACCUGUCAAAUUCCGAACGAAUUCCAACCGGGAACCUGUCAAGCGUUAGAUGAAUGCUCGGCCUACCAACGCAUAAAUGACGUCGGUAGUUUGACAUCCGUCGGUAGAGUGAGUUUUCUGCGUCGCUUGCAGUGCACCGGAUUAGCUGAGGAGAAGAUUUGCUGUCCGCGAAGCGGUAGGAAUUAUAGACAACCAUCCAUGAACGAAAGUGUACCGAGGCGGGUUGUCGAUGAAACGAUGACAGUUCACAGCAGAGUAGGCGGCGACGAGGAAGCGACUUGCGGGCAUCAGAACUACGGACAGAAACUGCUUGGUGGACAGAUAACCGAUAUUGACGAGUUUCCUUGGAUGGCGAUGCUGCUCUACGAUGGUGAUGGUCCUAAUGCAGUUUCACCUGGCUGCGGAGGAGCGUUGAUCAGUAGGACGUUCGUGGUUACGGCUGCCCAUUGUUUGGUGGGCAGGAUUAUUCAGAAAAAGGGAAAUUUGAAGUUCGUUCGUCUAGGAGAGUAUGAUUUGAACAGCGACCCGGACUGUAUGGUGGACGACAAGUUCAAGGAUUGUACUGACGGAAAGGUUGAUGUGAAACCGAAACGGAUUAUCGCUCAUCCCCAGUACGCGGCUAACGCUCUGAGUCAGCAUCACGAUCUAGGCCUUGUCCAGCUGGAGAAAACGGUUGAAUUUUCCAGCUUUAUCCAACCAAUUUGUCUACCGGAUCCGGCAUCUAGUAAUGGAGCAGUAUCCGGGGGUAAGCUGAAUGUCUGCGGUUGGGGACGUACAAACUAUUUUCGCAACGAAUUGGGAGGUAACGCGGUUAGCCCUGUGAAGUUGAAGGUCGUGCUGCCGUACGUCGAUCAUCAGAACUGUCGCGAGAUUUACCGGCAGCACAAGUUGGAUCUCGGUAGCGGACAGAUCUGUGCCGGUGGACAGAAGGCGAGGGACACUUGCGCUGGCGACAGUGGAUCCCCGCUGAUGUAUUUUAACAACAGGAAAGGACAUUGGGUGUUGACCGGGUUGGUAAGCCUAGGAGUUCAAAAGUGCGGAACCGAGGGAAGGCCUGGCAUAUACACCCACGUUCGGGAAUAUUUAGCUUGGAUCAAGAAGACUACCUUGAUGUGAAAAUGGUUGGAAUAAACUAUAUUUUGCUGAAC